GAAGAGCGGAUAUAGUGAAUGUGGGAUCCGGGAAGAGCGGAUUAUAGCGAAUGCGGGGUCCGGGGAGGGCGGACAUAGCAAAUGCGGGGUCCGGGGAGAGCGGAUAUAGUGAAUGAGGGGUCUGGGGAGAGCGGAUAUAAUGAAUGCCGGGUCCGGGGAGAGCGGAUAUAGUGAAUGCGGGGUCCGGGGAGAGCGGAUAUAGCGGAUGCGGGGUCUGCGGAGGGCGCAUAUAGCGAAUGCGGGGUCCGGGGAGGAUGGAUAGAAUGCGUGAUGAAAUCUGAACUGAAGAUAAUUAUAAUAAAUGCUGCCACUUUCUAU